AUGAGCACACAGAAGAAUGUCGAUAGCAAAGAGAAUGAAACGUCGGCUCUGGCCAUGCAACUGACCAUGUCCGGGAAGCAUGAGCAAACACACGCCCCGAACCAGAAUCUCGAACAAAACUUCAAUGUCCUGUCACUCAUCUCAACGGCUACUUCUUUGAUUGCUACAUGGGAGGCACUUGGGGCUACGAUGGCCACCGGCCUCAUAUCCGGGGGCCCGGUAUCACUGGUCUUUGGAUACAUAUUGGCUAUUCUGGGCACCUUAGCCACGGCCUUGUCUUUGUCUGAAUUAGCAUCUAUGUACCCUUCAGCUGGAGGCCAAUACUACUUCGUCGUCCAGCUUGCUCCCAAGAAGUUUCGAGCAGCUUGGGGAUACGCCGCUGGAUGGAUAUCCGUAUUUGCCUGGCAAACCUUCACUGCGAGUGCCCCGUUCCUCGGCGCAACGAUGCUCCAAGGUAUUAUUGUACUCAACUAUCCGGAUUAUUCGUAUCAAAGGUGGCACGGGACUAUGCUUUACUGGGCAUUUAUUGGACUUGCAACGCUUGUUAAUGUAUUUGCUAUUAAAAGCUUGCCCUGGGUGUUGCACGCGACAUUCACCCUUCAUGUAGUACUCUGGCUCGUAUUGGUCGUUGUUAUUUGCGUUGUAUCGCCCACCAAAAAUACCGCUGAAUUCGUCUUCACUACAUAUAUCAACGAGUCGGGCUGGAGCAGCGAUGGUGUAGCCUUUAGCAUAGGCCUGUUGAGUAGCACGUACGUGCUUGCUGGAUACGACAGCGCGACCCAUCUCACUGAAGAAAUAAAAGACCCCGAGCGUAACGUCCCACGAGCUAUGCUAGCCUCCAUCAUCAUCAACGGCGCAAUAGGAUUCGGAUGGCUGCUUACCAUCCUAUUCUGCAUGGGCGACAUCACUGAAGCGAUGGAAACAGCAACUGGAUACCCCAUCAUAGAGAUCUUCUAUCAGAUAAGUCGCAACAAGGCAGCAGCGUCGGCCAUGACCUGCUCGCUCAUAGUCAUGGCAGCUCUGGCAACAGUACCUCUUGUCCUGACCGCAUCUCGAAUGCUAUGGUCUUUUGCUCAAGACGCCGGACUACCGUGGUCGAAGACACUUUCCAAGGUCAACGAGAAGCAUCACGUCCCUCUCCCAGCGAUAGCGGCUACCAGUACCUUCCUUGUAUUAAUUGGCCUGCUGAAUAUCGGUUCUACUACCGCCUUCAACGCCAUCGUUUCGUUGGGCACCGUCGCCUUGUACAUCUCGUAUCUGAUGCCGAUAGUGCUCAUCUUUUAUCGGCGAAUAGCUUGUCCAGGAUCACUACCAUACGGCCCUUUUAGGCUCGGGAGGCUUGGUAUUGGCAUCAACCUUGCUUCUAUCAUUUAUACGGUCUAUGUAUCCAUAUUUCUUCUUUUCCCGCCAUACCAACCUGUUACGGCCCAGAAUAUGAAUUACGCGCCGGUCGUGCUAGGAGGCGUCUUGGUACUGAGUGCUGUGUGGUGGUUCAUCGGAGGGAAGAGGGACUUUGUUGGUCCGGUCUUGGAUACGAUAGAGGGUCGACCUGCGUUGAGUGGUGCUCGAAGAGACGUGUGA